CUGAUGCAACAUUUUCAAAUCCAAAUGUUUAUAUAAAAGACCAAAUCACCGAAAAUAUGGUUAGUUUUCCGCGCGAACUCAUUGUUUACGAUCCAUUUUAGACGCCAUUAUGCUUAAAAUAAUUAUCUCUCUAAUGUUUAUCGGCUGUAAGCUGGCAGAAUACCAACCUGGUCCCGAAGCCGACGCGAAAAUUAACACAUAUGAAAGUGAAAUCAGUCCCGAUGGAUCGCAUCAAUUAACGGUCGAAACAACCAAUGGAAUAAUUAUUCAGGAACAAGGGGUGGCUGGGUUUCAAGCUUCCGGACAAUCAUUAUAUGUUGCUCCUGAUGGGACUCCAAUUCAACUCCUUUAUACAGCCGAUGAGUUUGGAUUUCAUCCGCAAGGAGAUCAUUUACCAAAACCACCCCCAAUUCCUGAAGCGAUUUUAAGAUCUUUGGAAUGGAAUGCAGCUCAUGCGAAAGCGGAAUAUCAACGAAAGUCCAAGCAUUAGUUAAGUAGUGUAAUGUAGAUAAGUGUGUAGUGUUGUGAAUGUGAGUUAUAGAAACUGUGAUAAAAUAUAUGUAUUUGUUUUCAUUUUA